AUGGGGGUAGGGGAGACGAGUGAGUCUAUGGGGGUAGGGGAGACGAGUGAGUUUAUGGGGGUAGGGGAGAUGAGUGAGUUUAUGGUGGUGGGGGAGCCGAGUGAGUUUAUGGGGGUAGGGGAGACAAGUGAGUUUAUGGGGGUAGGGGAGACGAGUGAGUUUAUGGGGGUAGGGGAGACAAGUGAGUCUAUGGUGGUGGGGGAGCCGAGUGAGUCUAUGGGGGUAGGGGAGACAAGUGAGUUUAUGGGGGUAGAGGAGACAAGUGAGUUUAUGGGGGUAGGGGAGACAAGUGAGUCUAUGGUGGUGGGGGAGCCGAGUGAGUUUAUGGGGGUAGGGGAGACAAGUGAGUUUAUGGGGGUAGGGGAGACAAGUGAGUCUAUGGGGGUAGGGGAGACAAGUGACUCUAUGGGGGUAGGGGAGACAAGUGAGUCUAUGGUGGUGGGGGAAACAAGUGACUCUAUGGGGGUAGGGGAGACAAGUGAGUCUAUGGGGGUGGGGGAGACGAGUGAGUUUAUGGAGGUGGGGGAGACGAGUGAGUCUAUGGGGGUGGGGGAGACGAGUGAGUCUAUGGGGCCCAAAAGAAGACCACAGGGCCAGACAGUUGUGAAAAAGCUCAAUGUCAACAAGCUUAAGCUCCCUUCCAUUCAAGAGAAACUAGUAGAAAGCUUAGAAAAUCAACUGACUGAGGAUAUUGGAAACGACUGGAACUCCUUAAAGACAACAAUUCAUUCUGCUGCCCUUGAGGUGCUUGGAUCAGUUACCAGGAACCAUCAGGACUGGUUUGAUGAAAAUGAUGCCAAAAUCACAGCUCUUUUGGAAGAAAAACGGCAACUCUUCAGAGCUCAUCAAAAUGAUCCCAACUCAGUCUCGAAGAAAGACGCCUACGUCAGCAAACGCAGACAGGUCCAAUUAAAACUCCGUGACAUUCAAGACACAUGGCUGAGUGACAAAGCUGAUGAAAUUCAAGGCUUUGCAGACAGACACGACACGAAACGAUUCUACGAUUCGCUCAGAUGUAUAUUUGGACCACCAACACCGGGCAGUUUCCCACUACUGAGCGCUGACGGAGCAACACUCAUCACUGACAAAAACAUGAUAGUAGAGAGAUGGGCAGAACACUUCAAUGGCGUUCUAAAUCGUCCAUCAUCCAUCAAUGACCAAGCCAUACAACGCCUUCCACAGGUGGACAUAAACCCAGACCUGGACAUAACACCAUCAGAGGAUGAGGUUGUCAAGGCAAUCAAGCAGAUGUCGACUGGAAAAGCCCCCGGCUCUGAUGCCAUCCCUGCCGAAGUGUUCAAGUCAGGCGGUCCUUCUCUCCUACACAAAUUAACAGUGCUAUUCCAAUCGCUCUGGGAAAGUGAGACCCUCCCGCAAGAUUUUAAAGAUGCCACAAUCGUCCACAUCUACAAGAGAAAGGGCAACAAGCGAUCUUGUGACAACCAUAGAGGGAUUUCACUUCUCUCCAUCGCUGCAAAGAUCUUUGCCCGACUGCUUCUCAAUCGUCUCCUCAAACACCUUGAGCAAGGCCAUCUCCCUGAGAGCCAAUGCGGUUUCCGUGCAGGUCGAGGAACUGUUGAUAUGAUCUUUGCUGCACGUCAGAUUCAGGAGAAAAGUGUGGAACAAAAUCAAGAUCUCUAUACCACUUUUGUAGAUUUAACAAAAGCGUUCGACACUGUGAGCAGAGAGGGACUGUGGAAAAUCAUGGCGAAGUUCGGCUGCCCCGAGAGGUUCAUAAAGAUUGUUAGACAAUUUCACGAUGGGAUGAUGGCCCGUGUUCUUGAUGAUGGAAAUACCUCUGCCCCUUUUCAAGUGUCAAAUGGAGUCAAGCAAGGUUGUGUCCUUGCCCCUACACUGUUUAGUUUGAUGUUCUCUGCAAUGCUGACCGAUGCCUUCAGGGAGACACCCCUAGGCAUCCCCAUCAGGUAUAGGUGUGAUGGAAAGCUGUUCAACCUACGACGUCUGAAGGCCGUCACUAGAGUCAAAGAGACUGUGAUUCGUGACCUGCUUUUUGCUGAUGACUGUGCCCUCAACGCCGUCAAUGAGCAUGACAUGCAACAGGAAAUGGACGCUUUCUCAUCCGCCUGUGACAACUUUGGCCUCACCAUCAGUAUCAAGAAGACUGAAGUGAUGUAUCAGCCCGCCCCAGGAAAACCAUAUCAGGAACCAAACAUCACAGUUAAGGGGCAGCGACUUCAAGAUGUAGAAAACUUCACCUACCUCGGCAGCACUCUCUCCCGCAACGCCAACAUCGAUGCAGAAAUCAACAACCGCAUCGCGAAGGCAAGCAGUGCCUUUGGGAGAUUGAGGAAGUCAGUCUGGGAACGCAGAGGCAUCUCACAAUGCACCAAGAUCAAAGUGUACAGAGCAGUCGUCUUAACAACACUUCUCUAUGGCUGCGAAACUUGGACCAUCUACAGAAGACAUGAGAAACUUCUCCAGCAGUUCCAUCUCCGCUGUCUCAGAAACAUCCUAAAUAUCCGCUGGCAGGAUAGAAUCACAAACACUGAGGUUCUGGAGAGAGCAAACCUCCCCAGCGUCAUUACCACCAUGCGCAAAGCUCAGACACGAUGGGCAGGACACGUCUGCCGUAUGUCAGACUCCAGAAUACCCAAACAGCUGUUGUACGGUGAACUAAGCCGUGGAAGCAGGAAAGUUGGAGGCCAGCGCAAACGCUAUAAAGACUGCAUCAAAUCACAUCUGAAAGACUUCAAUAUCGACGUUUCAACGUGGGAAACUGCAGCAUCUGACAGACCGAUUUGGCGUAAUCUGAUUCACAAAGGUGCCAUCCACUCAGAAAAUAAACGCUCCAACGCAGCCAAAAACAAACGCCAAAAACGCAAGGCUAGAGCUGACCAACCUACCAAUAUGACCCCCUCUUACUGGUGUCCGACUUGUGGAAGGGGUUUUCUUGCACGAAUUGGCCUUAUAAGCCACCUGCGGAUUCAUCCCUCCGCCCCUUAG